AAUGCGCAGGGGAGGUAUAGGUGCAGGGGUUGUACGCUGGGUCUCUUAAAAAAAAAAAAAAAAAAAAAAAAAAACACUGCCGUAAUUCCAAAAAAUGAGGAGGGGCGGUUAAAAAUAAGCAAGGAGGUCCUGUUACUGAAAAAGGGGUAGACUACCAGCUGAUGCAACUUUAAACCACAUUGACAAGAGACUUGUUCAAAAUAACAAUUCAACACGAGAUCACAGUGCAAUGCACUGAAAAGUUCUUGGAUUAGCAGACUAUUAACAUAAAGCAAAACGCUACUUCAGGAGAGAGAGAGAGAGAGAGAGGGGGGGUGCACAGACGGCUGUAGCACAACUCGCUGAAAAAAGACACAGCAAAGAAGAAAAUCAUCUUGGAGGCUGCUUCUCACGGAAGGUUUCGCAAGUGCUCUCGAGCUAUGGAAAAGAAAGUAUGCGACACAAUGCAAAAUGGAGCGGUUCUUGGUGAGACGACGAAGAAGGAUGAGAACAUACGGCGGGGAAACUGGGGCAACCAGAUUGAGUUCAUUCUGACCAGUGUCGGCUAUGCAGUGGGCUUGGGCAAUGUCUGGAGAUUCCCCUAUCUCUGCUACAGAAAUGGAGGAGGUGCCUUCAUGUUUCCCUACUUCAUCAUGCUUGUGUUCUGUGGAAUCCCGCUCUUUUUCCUGGAGCUGUCCUUCGGACAGUUUGCCAGUCUUGGCUGCCUUGGGGUAUGGAAAGUCAGCCCCAUGUUUAAAGGUGUUGGCUAUGGUAUGAUGGUGGUUUCCACGUAUAUCGGUAUUUAUUACAACGUGGUGAUCUGCAUCGCUUUCUAUUACUUCUUCAUGUCUAUGACCAACGUGCUUCCUUGGACAUACUGCAAUAACCCCUGGAACACCAAGGACUGCAGCGGGGUGGUGGGGUCUUCCUAUGCAAACGCCUCUAUUGCCAACACGUCCACGUUGAUGAGAAACAUCUCAGAAUUGGUGAACCAUACAGCCAAGAGGACCAGCCCUAGCGAGGAGUACUGGAAGUACCAAGUGCUGAACAUCUCCGAUGACAUUGGUCAUUUUGGAGAGGUGCGGCUUCCCAUAUUGGGUUGCCUGGCAGCCUCCUGGGUCGUGGUGUUCUUCUGUCUCAUCAAAGGGGUCAAGUCGUCAGGGAAAGUGGUUUACUUUACAGCCACAUUUCCUUAUGUGGUGCUGACCAUCCUCUUCAUCCGAGGAAUUACGUUGGAUGGUGCUGUUAAUGGGAUCAAAUACUACCUGACUCCACAGUGGAAAAUGAUCUUGGAUGCAAAGGUGUGGGGGGAUGCUGCCUCCCAGAUCUUCUACUCUCUUGGCUGUGCCUGGGGUGGGCUCAUCACCAUGGCAUCUUAUAACAAAUUCCACAACAACUGUUACAGGGACAGCAUAAUCAUCAGCAUAACAAACUGUGCAACCAGCGUCUACGCAGGCUUUGUCAUCUUCUCCAUUCUGGGCUUCAUGGCGCACCACCUGGGCGUGGAUGUGGCCGAUGUGGCUGACCACGGACCUGGGCUAGCUUUUGUGGCCUACCCAGAGGCCCUCACUCUGCUGCCCAUUUCCCCACUUUGGUCACUCCUUUUCUUCUUCAUGCUCAUCCUGCUUGGACUUGGAACUCAGUUCUGCCUGUUGGAGACACUGGUAACAGCUAUUGUGGAUGAGAUUGGGACAGACUGGAUAAUUCGGAAUAAAACAUACGUGACCUUGGGGGUGGCGGUAGUUGGCUUUCUGCUAGGAGUGCCUCUGACAUCUCAGGCUGGGAUCUAUUGGCUGCUGCUCAUGGAUAACUAUGCAGCCAGUUUCUCUCUUGUCAUCAUCUCCUGUAUCAUGUGUGUCUCCAUCAUGUACAUUUACGGGUUCCGUAACUACUUCAAGGAUGUUGAGAUGAUGCUGGGUUUUCCUCCUCCACUCUUUUUCCGAAUCUGCUGGCGAUUCGUGUCUCCUGCCAUCAUCUCGUUUAUCCUGGUGUUCACAGUAGUCCAGUACAAACCUAUUACUUACAAUGACUACAUCUAUCCUGGCUGGUCUUUAAUCAUCGGAUUCCUAAUGGCUCUCUCUUCCGUAAUUUGCAUUCCUAUCUACGCCAUUUACAAGAUCUGGACGUCUGAAGGGACAACGUUUCUAGAGCGUGUAAAAAACGCAUUAAAGCCAGACCCCAGCUGGGGCCCAGCCCUACAGGAGCACCGGACUGAUCGAUAUGCACCGAACGUCAGCUCUGGCUCAGACUUGAACCAGGAGGGUCAGCUUCUGCACACUAAGGAGAAGCCAGAAGAGGUCAGCCUCAUGAUCCAGGGCAGCAAUGGUUCUGCACACAACCCAGAGGCCAGUGCAUAAAACCAUGGUGCAUCUUCAAAGCAUUUUACCCACAGCAGUUGGUGAAGACAUUCUUGUGAAAACGUAACCUUUACAUAUUGCAAAGGCUUAUUAUUUCUAAUCUCUAUAGAAUUAGCUGUCAUUUGAAUAUUUUUUUUUUUUGUCUGCAUAAUCUGAGAAUGUAGUUUUUACAUGAAAAACUAUAACUUGUCUACAAACUGUUAGUUCCAAAACUAGCAAGGUGGGGUACAUUAUUUUCAGAUCUUUUAUGAAAUCGGAGUAUGGUAGAAUAGCAGCCAGGCAACCUUGUAUAGUCACAGUGCUAUCUUGUUGGAGAGCUGGAGACAGAAUUUUCUGUAGAAUAAAUAAAAAAAUAACACACACUGACCCAAACCCCAGUUCUCAACGUAGCAGGUGUUCUGUUUCCCAUUUUUUUUUAAUAACACUUGCUAUAUGCUAAAGACUCACACUAACCAAUCAAUACUGUCUGGGGAAGUACUGUUUUCUGUUUCUUAAUAUAAGCAAUAUCCUACUUGUAUAUAUGUAAAAAAAUAUAUAUUUUAGCUUGUUUUGAAAAUACCCUACAAAACAAAUACAUGAUAAUUGUUCAUUGUUUUACAAGUCACCACCUAUGGUUACUGUUUUGGCCAGGAUUUUUUUUUUUUUUUUUUUAAAACAAAGGCAUAAACAGGCUCUUCCAAAGGAAUCACAAACAGCAAUAAUUGUUUGGAAACUGGGUUCUACUUAUACACAUGAUGGACUAAUUGGACUGCAGCUUAACAUCAAUAAAAUGAUGUGGAAACAGACCUUUUUGACCCAAGCAUUAAUGAUCCAAGUGUAAUAGAAUAUACUAAUGUUGCUGCAGUUUAAGAAAUAUUAUGCUCUAGCUUUCUAAAUGGACAGCCUGAUUCAUAAAACACUUCCAUAUUCACGGUUAGGACCGUGGUGAAACCAGGCAACCAAUGAACCACAGAGGAAAUGUUUAAGAAAUGUUCGUGUUCUCUAUGUUUCAUUGGUUGCCUGGAAAAGUUGCCCAAAAGAUGGCUUGUGUUUAUCUGCUGUUUUAAAACUCAUCUUUCCAGAAAAUACACAGAGAAGAGAUGAUCUAAGUGGUAUAGGCAACUAAAGGAGAUAUAUAAAAUUAUGAUAAUUAAUUAUUGCAGUUACUAGGAACAACUCUGGACCCAAGGUGUUAUUUUAGUAGGUCUUCCAGUAAGGUUGUGGUAAAGCGGUUUUUUUUUUUUUUUUAUUUUUUUCAAAUCAAAUAUUACACUUCAGAAGGGAGCAUAAGCAUUAAAACAGUAGCAUGAAAUUGAAUGCUUGUGAUAGUUACAGGACAGUAUUUGAUGCCCCAUAUUAACAAAAAAGCACAAAAUAUGGUAUAACAUUCCCAAAUAAAACUAUAAUAGUUUAUGUUUUUAGGAAAUUUUCCAGAGGGGUUGUGCUUUACUACAUUCCCCUUUACAGCAUGCUGUUAACAAGGAUUCCACCCAUUUAGUCUACACACAGCAAAUAUCAGUCUUUUUAGAAAUCAUAAAUCAUAUAACAUAGCCUACAAUUAAGCAACAAAAAGGUACAUUUUGUAAAGCACCUUAAAUAAUAAGACAUAGUGGAAGGAGUGGAUGUCUCCUUGGAUUGGCGACUGCAAGGGAAGCCUUUUACCUCAUUCAUUAGUAAAUGUCAUCGUGAUCUGUUGGUUGUCUUGUGAACAUCUGUAAUUGGCUCCAAUAAUCCCAGCUGUAAAUCAUCAUCUCAUUUGGUGCGCGUGUGUGCAAGGGAGAGAGGGGCGUUGCAGAUGCUAAUCCUGUUCCCCUUCUGCGGUGAAACAGGUGACUUAAGUCUUCAACACUGUUAAUAUGGUUCCCGGUGUAGGUAGUUCCUGGAAUUGCUGUAUGACAGAUCCAUUUUAACUGAUUGGUAAUCUUUGCUAAUACUACUCAUUGCUGGAGCUUGUGUGGAUGUAUUAGGAAGGUGGAGAAAUAUGAAUUAUGAUCCUUAACUAUUGCUUUAUAAACAUAAAAUACUUUUUAUAGUGGUUCUCUUAAGGCAUCCAAAAAUGUGAAAGCAGCAAUGUGUAUCAUACACAAUUACAAACAUAUAUUAUUAUUGUUAUUAUUUGUUUAUUUAGCAGAUGACUUUAUCCAAGGCAACUUACAGAGACUAAGGUGUGUGAACUAUGUAAGAGUCACUUACAAUUACGUCUCACCCGAAAGAUGGAGCACAAUAUACUGCAGAAUUUCCAUUAUCUGAAACUCAGGGGACAAGGAGUAAUGUAGGUGUUUGGAUAUCAGAAUACUUGCAUAUAGAGCUGCAAGCAGUAGUUCAACUGCAGUGUAACUACAUUUAUUUAGAGUCAGAAAAAAAAAAAUUAAAUACAAAAAUAAAAAUCUUGUACUAUAUUUAAAUUUAAAAUAGAAUUGUUAUCCCCUAAAAAAAAUGUCAAGCUGCAUUGAUUUUGGUACAAAUUGCAUGAAUUAUUUAAAGACACCUGCAAUAUCUUUUUUUUUUAAUGGAACCUCAUUCCCUUUGAGCGUCCUCAGUGAGCCCCUGUUCUCUUCCUUGUACAGUGAUGUAAAGAUACACCCUUAGGGAUGUUUUUCUGUUUUGUUUUUGUUUGUUAGUAUUGUAUUUAGAUUGUAUAUGUGUAAUAUUUCCUCUGUGUAGUGUUGAUUUGCAGUGACAUAAUCUAAGUAUUAUUAGUGCAGCAGUGUGCCAAUAUUGAUGUUUUAUAAUUAUAACUAUAAUCUUUUAACAGAACAGUUUACAUAAGCUAUGUUAUUUUUUUCCUAGUUCUCUCAGAUUAAGGCACCUCUGUCACCCAGUUAUAGUAACACCUGCCUCACCUAAAAUCUGAAGCCAGCUGGUAUUAAUAGUCCUGUAAAACCUAUAAUAUUAUCUUACAACUACAGUAAAGGAGCAGUAAAUGGGGACAAGCAGUAUUAAAGUGUUUAACAGUAUGAAACUUUAACUACUAUACAUUUUAAUUGUGAAGGUCAGUAAGUGUUUAGUACAAUGUACGUAACUAUGGCUAUACUGCCCUUUAUCUGCAGUCUAUGCUGUAUUUAACACAUAUUUGCUUCUCUUUAUUUGGCUUUUUCACUGCAGUGAUUUAAAGACCGCACACCAUUCUCUUAAGCACACUGCCUGCAAUGAGAAUUACUUCUGCAGUAUGAAUAUUUUAGUGGCAAAUAUUACAGGUAGUCAUGACUGUUCAGCAAGGGUGGAGUGUACCAAAAUAUCACUAAAAUAUAACUUUAACUGAACCCCUUUCAUAUACAAUAAAUGCAGGCAACAUAACCUCACCCACCCACUGAUGAUAAACCUUACUUCCAAAACUUGGCACAUACGUUACAUACUCGGAAGUAGUCCCACGCAAUUUAUGCAUUUACCAAAAGACACCUUUGCAGACGCAGAAAAUAGGUACCUGCGGAUAAAGCACAGGCCCCUCAAUGCCAUAUGCAUUGUAGGGACCAUCUGUCACAAGUCAGGUGCAGGUGUGGUGUGGUCACCUACUGUGUGUUCAGGAAGGAGACAACAUUAUUCAUGUCUCCAAAUGUAUAAUGCUCCAAAAAACGCUUCCUUGGGGGACUGGCCAUUUGCACAGUAGUUGUAAUUGUAAUGUAUUUCUUCUAGCAAUUCUGUUUCUAAAAUAUUACAGUUAAUAUUAGUAACUAAAACAUUACAUCUUCAGUCAAUGACACUUGGUGGGUCCGAUUGUGUCAGAAUGAUAAUGGAUUUUUUUAAGGUCCUCGUCUAUCUUGGGUGAUGGGAAUUUACAGUUUGGGGUUGCUUAUAAGAACAUAAGAAAGUUUACAAACGAGAGGCGAUUCGGCCCAUCUUGCUUGUUUGGUUGUUUGUAGCUUAUUGAUCCCAGAAUCUCAUCAAGCAGCUUCUUGAAGGAUCCCAGGGUGUCGGCUUCAACAACAUUACUGGGGAGUUGGUUCCAGACUCCCACAAUUCUCUGUGUAAAAAGUGCCUCAUAUUCUGUUCUGAAUGCCCCUUUAUCUAAUCUCCAUUUGUGACCCCUGGUCCUUGUUUCUUUAUUCAGGUCGAAAAAGUCCCUUGGGUCAACGUUGUCAAUACCUUUUAGGAUUUUGAAUACUUGAAUCAGAUCGCGCGUAGUCUUCUUUGUUCAAGACUGAAUAGAUCCAGUUAUUUUAGCCUGUCUGCAUAUGGCAUGGCUUUUAAACCUGGAAUAAUUCUGGUUGCUCUUCUUUGCACUUUUUCUAGAGCAGCAAUAUCCUAUUUGUAGCGUGGUGACCAAAACUGAACACAAUAUUCUAGAUGAUGUCUUACUAAUGCAUUGUAGAGUUUUAACAUUGCUUCCCUUGAUUUUAAAUUCAACACUUUUCACUAUAUAUCCAAGCAAGACAGACCCACAUCAACUUGUUUUUUUGUAAAACUGGGGGUUGUUUUGUUUGAAGGAUUUUUAAAAUAGGCAGCAAAUAAAAAAUGAAACGUAAGCACAAGGCCAUUAAGGAUCUGCCUUAUCUAUGCCUGUUACAUAUGGAGUCGUGCAUGUUAUAAAUGGAAAUGCAUGUAAUUAGCUGUACAUGCUUCCUUUCCUGUGGGUUCUGUUACAACCCUAAACCUAAAAAGCAACAGCUGUGUAUACAUUUUUCUCUUGGUAUGUGUAUAUUGUACAAGGUUAACGUACAAACUAUAGUUAUAUGUACCAUAGGUUUUUAAUGGUAUUUUUGGGAUAUACUUGUGAUAUGAACUUUUAAGACAGUAUAAUAUUUGUGUUAGUAACGGUGUCUCCUGUUUGUUUUUUCAAGCACACUUCAUACCAAUAGAAGUUGUUGUAAUUAGCAUUACCUUGUAACACCCUCACAGUAUAAUUAAUAUGUCCGAUUGAAAAAAUAUGUACUUGUAUUUUGUUAACGGCAGUUGAGAAAAUCUAGUUUGUACCAGCAGAGCAACUAAAAAUAUUCAAACAUCAGAAAAUGAAGGUGUUAAACAACAAGCGACAGUGUAGGGCAUUUUGCACAGAUGCAUUGUCAUGCUUUUUCAUGGCAUUUCACCUGAAAAAAGCCUGCAGUUUAGGGGCUGGUUUCCCGCUUACUUUAAUCUCACUAAAGAUAAGAGACAGGUGACC